GAAGAUUCAAAGGCCUUACCCUUCCGAUGAUGAUGUGCCAGAGUUGUCAUGAAGGGCCCAGGGCUGUCUUCAGAAUCUUACCAAAUUUCAUCUAUAAAAGUGACUGUUCCAGGAGAGCUCAGGCGACUUCUGAUGUCCCUCAGUCCCAACCUAGAUGAUGACACCAAGAGGAUGACACUUCAUAAUAUCGCUCAGUGUAUCUACUUGAAGGAAUCUGAGGCAAGUGAUUGCACCAAUGAUGACGUAAAAGUAGUGGCCUCUUUCCUGGAUGAUAAGGAUAAAGACACCAAAACUGAGGCCUUGAAUGCCCUCAAAGCCUUCACUGCCAUCUGGAGGUUUAAAAUCAAAAUCCAGGAAUUUGUCCCCAAAGUCAUUGAGAUAGUGACAAGCGACUGGGACAACGAUGUGCAAACUGCUGGUUUGAAGCUGCUGAAUGGGUUGCACAUACCGGAUGACACACAUGCAUUGCUGAGAACACAGCUUGCAAACUUUAUGGACAUUCUGCUCACAGCAAACACUUUGGCCAAGGUACAAGUUCUCAAAUUUCUUGAUACACUCACUGAGAAGGAGGACCUGCUGUAUGACAUCAUGAAUUGUCAGGCACCUGCUGAAUUCCUGAACCUCUUCCAGACGUCUCAACCUGGGAACCUGCUUUAUGAGAUACUAGUGUUUGUGGAACGACUUAGUGAAGGGCGCCAGUCUCCACAGUACCAGUCAAUGCAGUGGGAAUACAGCGAUAACUCCCUCCAUGAAACUAUCUUUGGCGACAAUUCCCGUCUCUCUGACCGCUUGCUGGCUCUCAUUAUCCAUCCUGAAGAGGAGGUGCAGUCUCAGGCUUGCAAAGUGAUCCUCAGCCUGAGGCUCAACAAGGAAGAAAGCAGGGCCAGCAUUGGGCAUAGUUUGGGGUCUGAGACCAGUGCUUACCCUCUUGAAUCCACUAGACAAAGCCAGGUUGCAGAUGCCUCCCUUGACGACCAACCUUUAAUUCCAACUGUCCCCUCCUCUGAUGCUCCUCAAAAUGAAAGUGGUCACAGCUUCGUACCGCUCCAGGGCACCAAUGAGACUGGCCAAAGCUUCCAUCCCCUUGAGAGAGCUGACCCCAGCUUCCACCCCCUUCAGAGUAUCAGUGUGGAGAGCAGUGGCCACGUCGUGGAGGAACCCAGGGAUAGCUUUCACUCUCCCCCAGCUGCUAGCUCAGAUGACAGUGACAACAGCAUUUGAAGGGGGCAGUUGUGCAGAGGAAAAAGAGACUAAUAAAUGUGUUGGCA